CGUCGCCACCCGCCACCGCUCCUCCACAUAUAAAACCAGCUUCGCAGUCGGGUUAAAAUGAACCCCAAAUCACCGACGGCUGCUAUAAACAAAGCAAAAAACAAUUCACAUAUAAAAAACCGAAGACUGCGGCGACGGCGGCGGCGUGGAAAGAAAAUGGUGGAUCUUAAUCAGAACGGCGACGACGAUCACCGUCACCACCAUUACCACCACCACAUCCACAUGCCGAAGCGGAUAAUCCUGGUCCGCCACGGCGAGUCUCAGGGGAACCUGGACACUGCGGCGUACACCCACAUACCGGACCACAAGAUCCCGCUCACCGAAGCGGGUCGGGCCCAGGCACGGGAGACGGGCGCCCAGCUGCGGGACCUGAUCUCCUCCGACUGUGGCAAUUCAACAAACACUUGGCGGGUGUACUUCUACGUCUCCCCGUACGACCGCACUCGAUCCACGCUGCGGGAGAUCGGCAAAGCCUUCGACAGGAAGCGGAUCAUUGGGGUUAGAGAAGAGUGUCGGGUUCGUGAACAGGAUUUCGGGAAUUUCCAGGUCGCGGAGAGGAUGAAGGUUAUCAAAGAGGCCAGGGAGAGGUUUGGGAGGUUCUUCUUCCGUUUCCCAGAAGGGGAAUCUGCUGCUGAUGUCUUCGAUCGCGUUUCCAAUUUUCUGGAGUCACUAUGGAGAGACAUAGACAUGAGCAGGCUACACAAGGACCCAUCCAACGACCUAAACCUCGUGAUCAUAACCCAUGGACUAACAUGUCGGGUAUUCCUCAUGAAGUGGUUCAAGUGGACGGUUGAGCAAUUCGAACUACUAAACAACCCUGAGAACUGCGAGUUCAGAGUAAUGCAGUUGGGAGCUGGGGGAGAGUACAGCCUGGCGAUCCACCACACGGACGAAGAGCUCCGAGAGUGGGGGCUCUCAGAGGCCAUGAUCGCCGACCAAAAGUGCCGUGCCACAGCUAGUAAGGCCGGUUGGAACGAGAACUGCCCCUGGUUCCUAGAUGAGUUCUUUGACCCUCCACAUGAAGAGUUGAGCAAGGAAAAUGAUGAAGGCUAUGAAAUUCCUCAGGAGUCGAGUCCCAUGUCUAUAAAUUCAGAAGAAUAGAAACCCAUGAUUCUUUACAGAAUGUAGGUUCCUUCUCAUUGUUCGUGUGUGCACAUACUAUGCUUUGUCUAUGGGUAGUUGGUAGAAGAAAGAUCAUCAAAUGUAAUAGCACGGUCUUUUACAGUGUCCGAUUUAUAUGUUAAUGGAUUCAGAAUUGAUUUGUAAAAGGAAAAUUGAUUGCUUUUUACUCAUCAUAAUAGAUGUCCAUGUCAAUAGGCAACCAAGUCUUGAAUCCUUGUGGGAGGUGGAUUGCUUUUUUUAUCCUGUAGGUUAGGGCAGCAAGGUUGUCAACCCGCGGGUUGACCCGGACCCGGUUGAACUAGUAGGUGAAGGAUUAAUGGGCCACCCGUUUUACCCUGGAAAUAUGGAAAGAGUCAUUAUAUUGUACUUAUCAUGAUAAAUUAUAUCAAAUAUC